AUGCUCAAUGAGGAACAUGCAACCCUGACAGGCUUUACUCGACACCAAACCGAUGCCAACGUUUAUAUGUGGGGUCGCGUGGGAGACCACAACAUCAUGAUUGCCUCUUUGGCUGUUGGAGACUAUGGAACCACCUCGGCCGCGACCACAGCUGCGAACCGGCUUGCCUCUCUGCUAUCCAUUUGGGUUGGUCUUUUGGUGGGUAUAGGUGGCGGCAUCACUCGUCCCAACGAGGGCUGCGAUAUUCGACUAGGUGACAUUGUCGUGAGCCAGCCCUCUGGGACCACGGGCGGUGUCUGUCAGUACGACUUGAUCAUUGCAAAGUCUGGCGACAGACGUGAACGUACAGGCUGUCUCGGACGGCCUCCAAGAGUCCUCCUCAAGGCGCUUUCGGGCGUCCAGGCGUAUCACGAGCGGAAAGACUCCAAGGCUCCCUACUUCCUUCAAGGGAUGCUAGAGAAGAGAAGAACCCGAAGAUGA